AUUUGUAUAUCAGCUGAUUGUGUGACAGUUAGAACCAUGUUUACCGGCAGUUGACAGUAGUCGGUUUGUUUAUCAUUAAAAAAAAUAGUUUUGCCCAACAAUGGUGCUACUUCGAACUGUAAAUAUUUUCCGUAAUUAUUUUAGAACAAAUGUCCAACGAUCGGUGCGGUAUUCGUUGAUAGCGCCUGAAUCAACUGCAUAUCUAACCAAUAGUGGAGUGUCCAAGUAUGCAAUUGACGGCAAUCCGUUCCUAUUGGACUUGAAACUAGAUACACUGCACUGUAAAAUGGCAAUUUUGAAACAAAUGCGGCCGAGGCACAUAGACGACUUUGUGCCAUUGCUGAAAAUUGAAGAGACGAUUUUGAGAGAUGUUGCGAGAAAAGCUGCCGAGGAGUAUGACAUGGUGCCAGAGCAACAUCGGAUCUAUUACUUCAGCAAAGAAUUGCAGAUUGUGCCAUCAACGGUCUCAAAGUUCUGUGCCAGAUACGAAAAGAUUUUUUUCACCGAAUUCGCUGGCGUUGAAAAAAAACUGAAAAUUUUGCUGGACUACAAUGUUGAUGGGAUGCAGAUCCUGCAGUCAUUGUACGUUUUUGAAUGUGCCAACAAUGUAUUGUUUUCCCGGUUGGAUCAACUGUCGAAAGUGUCGUACGACUACAAACCGUGGUACUUCAAAUUGACUGACGCUGAAUUUCGCAAAGCCAUAGAUGUCGAAAACGGGAAAGCUCAAGCAACGGAAUUAUCGCAUAAAUUGAGACAUAGCAAUCUGGAAAAAUCGGCCAUUCUGACCGAAAUAAACGGAAUGUUGUCCUGCGACGACGAAAUAUCGACACGGAUCUAUUACGAUUUUCUUCACCGCUUCGAUCAACUGCCGCCAGCGGAACGCAUUUUCCAACUUCUCACCAACAAUGGAGUCGGACUGCAGUGCAUACAAAGCAAUCCAGUCGUGUUAACAUUGCCGUACGCUCAGAUCGACGACAACAUCAAAUUGAUCAAAGAAAUGCGACCGCUUUCCAUUGACGACUUUCUGCCUCUGGUGGCGAUUAAAACGACGAAACUGCGGACCUUUGCCAGUGAAGUGAACAAAAGAGAAAUCGAGUUGCAUCCCAUCUAUUUGUUCAGCAAGAAGUUGAACAUUACGCCUGCUAUCGUCUCCAAGCACUUUGCCGAACACUCGAAACUCUUCUACUACCGAGACUUUGUCGGAUUCGUAACGAAACUGGAUAUACUGGUAGCUUACACCGUUGAUCCGAUGAGCAUCUUACGAGCGCCAAACACAUUUGGUGCGUCGGCCGUCACAAUAGAAAAUAGAUUGAAGCGAUGUAAGGCGCAUGGAAUCGAAACUGUAUUGUCCUGGAUGCUUUGCGAUAGGAACAGAACGGAAAUAUCCGUUGCGAAAAGAGUCGACGAGAAGACGGUACUCGGUGAAUGUGCUGAUACCGUUGAUUACAUUGCCAAACGGUUGAACUGGGACGCUGCAGCCAAAAGGAAAGCCUUGAAAACCUAUCCACCUCUGGUUAAGUGCAGCGUAACAAAAGUGAAAAAUCAUUUGGAUUAUCUCCUAAACGAAACCCAUUUUACCAUCGACGACAUCAACUCGACUAUGGCGGUGUUCCGCACCAAAUUGGAUGAGCUGAAACUACGAAUGGGUGAACUGGCGGCUAUCGGUCUCGUUCCGCGUAAAUUGUACUCGAUCUGUUUGGAUAAGCGAAGCUACCUGGACAUGGUGUGGAGAUUCUGUGAGAGAAAAAAUCGUCCGGCUGCGUUUGAAUUGUAUAAGUCAAUUGAAAAGCGAGUGAAGAAAUUACAAGAUGACUGAGAC